AUGUCGGAUCCAGGUCUAAGCAGAAAGCGCCCCGCCGAUGAAAGUGACAGCGAUGAGGAGACCACUCCCACCAAAAAUAAAUUUGUUCCGAAUACGUUGAUCUUCGGUCCUUGGUGUUUCAAAGGAAAUCUACCCAACGCUUAUUUUCGUCGACCACUAAAUUCGCCCGUCGCCGAAAUUGAAAUCAUUGAAUCAGAGUCUGAUCAGUCCGAUGCCGAAAUUGAAAUCAUUGAAUCAGAGUCUGAUCAGUCCGAUGCCGAGAUUGAAAUCCUUGAAUGCGAGUCUGAACAGCCCGAUGACGAUAUUCAAAUCAUUGAAUCAGAGUCUGAUCAGGCUGAUGACGAUAUUCAAAUCAUUGAAUCAGAGUCUGAUCAGGCUGAUGACAAGAAUGAAAUCCUUGAAUCACAGUCUGCGUCUGAUCAGGUUGAUGACGAGUCAUCUGAAUAUUUGGACGAAUCAUCAGCAAAAGUUGAAAUGGAGCAUCAGGAUUCUGCACUCAAAGCUAAUGAACCCUACUCUUUGGAAACUACGGAUUGGGUCCAAAUUCUUGGCUCUGAGAAUACAGAACCACUUCCGGAGAAGGACAAAAACAUGGAAUAUCUUCGAGCUAGAAAAAGUAAGAUCGCGAAACAGAUGAGUUGGACAGAAUUUGUUCCAACUGUGGUCGCCUUCUGGGCUCUUCAUCCACUUGAUAGAAGAUAUCAAAAAGCAAGAGCGAAACGGGAGUACGAGAAAGAGCAGCGAUUCAAGGCGAAUUACUGUUCACUCGUAACUUUAUUGACUCUUGUGAGAGGUACAAGAAUGCCUGGCCAGUGUCUUUAUUUAAAAACUGAAUUUAACUUAAAGCCAUUAGUUAUGGAUGUAAUGCUCGACUUCAUCAAGUACUACAUUCAAUCACUGCUAUUCAAUUUUAAGAGCAAUGGGAUUAGCUGUGAGAGCAUUGUCUCAUGUUAUUACAACAAUGUCGGCUACGUUACCAUGCCAAACUGCGAUUACGCAACCACCAACUAUCAAGCAAAUGAGUAUUCUACAUGGACUGAAGCGCAAAAGGAAAUUGCAUCAAAAGUAAUUAAAAACAUAAUUGAAGUUGUUGAAGAAAUACGCUUUCUGGUUGUGAAAUAUAGGAUCAGCAUAAAUGAACUUCACGAUCAUGCCCACGCUGAGAUCAUGGAUUGCACAUACAACCUUGAGCAAGUUUUAUAUCAAAAGGAGCACCCUUCUCUAUCUAAACAAGUUGAUGAAGCACUAAAACAAUGCGCUAAAAAUCAGUACAGACACGUACGAUAUGUCGGUUCGUAUCCAAGGCUCAAAAUUAAUAUUGAUGGACUACACACACAGUUGAAAGUGGUGGAUGAAUCAUCUGCAGCAGAGGCUUCCGAGUUCGCUCUCCAGAGAAGUCUCAACCAGUUGUCUGCAGAGUACGAGACUAGUCUAGUGGAAGCUCAACACGAAACACCUCCAUCAGUUCGGAGGAGGCUUCCGUAUCAGAAGCUGAACAAAAAAUUUCUGAACAAAAGAAAGGAGUUACUCGCGAAUUAUGUGAAAGAACCGCAUAUGCUUCCGGUUGUGCUUGAUUUCUGGGCUCUCCAUCCUUUUUAUAGAAAGUGCCCAGUGGAGGAAUAUGUACUAGCUGAGGAGGAGCGAAAAUUGCAAAUUCAUCGUUAUCUCCGCCAUAUUUUGUUGGUCGCUCCAGAACCAGCACCCAGAGAGGACCAGUAUCCAAUUCCAAACAAAGAAAUGUUGGAAGGGAUGUUUAAAUAUACAAAACGCAAUUUUUUCAAUAGGAAGUUGGUUAUGAAACUAAUCAAUGAACACAUCCGCCAUGUUUUGGGAGAAAUGAUCGAGUCUUGGUCCGCCCGUUAUGAGGAAAUAAUUUGUUGCUAUGAACUUGCCUGGGAUGUGCGUCUUCCGCGGCAGUUUUCUCAUGUAACGUAUGACCGCCCAAUAUUGCCUCUUCAACGAUUUUCGCCAUAUACAACAGACGAGAUAGAGAAAGCAGGGAAUGGCCUCACCAAAAUUGGAGUAUUCUUACGAAAAUGUUUCGACCAUUAUGACAUCGACGUGGCUGAGUUUCAUGAGAUGGUGGAUCAAUUACCACGGGACUACCAAUUCGAGCUCGAUGAAGCUUUUGAAUUAAUAAAACUGUCUAAGAAGCGUGAACACUUUUUAUUACGUGCUUUCAAGCAGGUUAAUUUGUUGGCAAACAGUAUAUGUUUUAACGAGAUCAGUUUGAAAAACUAUGGCCUUAAGUUGAAAAAUUCAAAGUUUAUUGAUUUAAUGGCUUAA